GCCGCGAGGCCCCCGUGCGCGCGGCGGCAGCGGCGGCGCCGGGCAUGGAGCGCUGGGCCGGGGCGGCGGCUAGCUGGGGCUCCCUGUGGGGCUCCCUGUGGGGCCGCUGGCCGGGCUGGGAGCUCCUGGCCGCCUGCGCCGUCAUCGGUGCCGUGGGCUGGCUGCUGCGGCUGCUGGACAGGAGGCCGGGCGGCCGCGGGGCGGUGGCCAGCUCCUCCCCGGCGCCGGGAGCCGGGAGCCGCCGCUGCGGCGGGAGCCGCCCAGGUGAAAUAACAAUGGAUGCAAUAUUAUCCCGUUUGAAGCAGCUCACCUCUGAUGAGCUUAGAGAAGAAAUUGUCAGAGCAGGACUGAAAUGUGGGCCCAUUACUGCAACUACCAGGUUUAUUUUUGAAAAAAAAUUGGCUCAAGCAUUGUUGGAGCAGCAAGAAUCAUUGGAGGAAAAAGGACCUACUGUGUCAGAGGAGGCCACUGGCGAUGUCCCGUCUGAUAGCAGCCAGGCAGAGGCACAGAAGGCUUCGAAAACCAUGGCAGUGAAUCACAAUGGUCAUGGAAGUGUUUCUGAAGACGUUGACUUCGGGUACUGUGUGGGUCUGAACCCUCCAGAGGAAGAUGCUGUGAUGCACACGAACUGUUCAGCUACAGCCUGUGGAGCAGGUCAUGGCGAUUCACAAACUGGUACUCGGGCACCAUCCAGGGAUCCUCCACUGUACUAUGGUGUUUGUCCAGUUUACGAUGACAUAUUAGCAAGGAAUGAGAGAAUACAUGUUUAUGAAGAUAAAAAGGAGGCUCUGCAAGCUGUUAAGAUGAUUAAGGGUUCCCGUUUUAAAGCUUUUUCAAACAGAGAGGAUGCUGAGAAAUUUGCUAAAGGAAUCUGUGAUUAUUUCCCAUCUCCAAGCAAGUCCACUUUAUGUUUGUCUCCAGUGAAAAUGGGAUCGUUUAACAGAGAUGGCUUGUGCUCCCCUGAGACCGAAACUGCCAAUAAGGAGAGAGCCAACAGCUAUAAAAGUCCACGUACUCAGGAUCUUACAGCUAAACUUCGGAAAGCUGUUGAGAAAGGAGAUACAGCAACAUUUUCAGAACUUAUUUGGAGUAACCCUCGCUAUCUGAUUGGGUCGGGAGACAAUCCCACCAUUGUACAGGAAGGGUGUAGGUACAAUGUCAUGCAUGUUGCUGCCAAGGAAAAUCAGCCUGGUAUCUGCCAGAUACUGCUGGACACCUUGGAAAAUCCUGAAUUUAUGCGGCUUAUGUAUCCAGAUGAUAACGAUGCCAUGUUGAAGAACCGUAUUCAAUAUAUUGUUGACCUUUACCUUAAUACACCAGAUAAAAUGGGAUUUGAUACUCCGUUGCAUUUUGCCUGCAAGUUUGGGAAUUUGGACGUUGUUAAUGUACUUACCUCACACCCGGCUAUUGUAAAAAAUCCAAGAAACAAAUAUGACCAAACUCCAGCAGAAGUAGUUUGUGAAAGAAGCAAGAACAAAUCUGCAGAAUUGAAAGAAAAACUAAAGGAGUACUUGAAAGGUCGAUACUAUGUACCACUGUUGAGAGCAGAAGACAAUUCUUCAGCUCCUGUAAUUGGGGCGCCAUGGUCACCUGAUCAAACUGAUGACAGCCCGCAAAGAACUUUAUCUAAAUACACUGGCAGCCCCAAAGAUCCAGUGUUGUCAAUAAGAGCUUUCGCAGGCCCCAUGAGCCCCUCAAAGGCCGAAGAAUUUCGCAGGCUUUGGAAGACUCCACCCCGAGAGAGAGCUGGCUUCUUUCACAAUGUCAGGAAAUCUGAUCUGGACAGAGGUGUUGAAAGAGUUGGAAGGGAGUUAGCUCAUGAACUGGGGUUCCCGUGGGUUGAAUACUGGGAAUUUCUGGGCUGUUUUGUUGAUCUGUCUUCCCAGGAGGGGUUGCGAAAGUUAGAAGAGUACCUGAGUCAUCGGGAAAUGAGCGAAAAGGCUCAGCAAGAAACAGGGGAAAAUGAAACCUGCAACAGAUACAGAACCACACAUCCUUCUGGCAAGAGUAAAAAGUGCUGCAAUUCUAUUUCUGUUGGAGCGUUUUUGGAUGAGGAGGAUGAUGAUAUGAGCUUAGAAGAAAUUAAAAACAGACAAAAUGCAGCACGGAAUAUCAGCCAGCCUAUCAUGUCCAAAGAACCUAGCAUUGAUGCCAUCGGAGAGGCCGAGUGUAACAUCUUGUCAGUGGGGCGCACAGCAAACAUUAUAGAAGCAUCAGAUCACCCCGGGCACUAUGAAAAGGCAGCGUCUUCCAGCAAAAAUGGGUUUUAUAAUCCCGUGUCCAGUGGAAGGAUAACAAGUGACAGACAGCAUGUGCACGAUGGAGAAGAAUGCCUUGUAUUGCCCGUUUCCAGUCUAAUGUCAGGAUUUGAAAGCCUGUCAUUUGGAGAACAAGAGGUUGCAGGAGAUUCGAAUAAAAUCACUGAAAAAACUGAGAAUGAGCAAAUUCUGGCAGAAGGAACAAGUCAGGUGAGAGUAUCCAAGGACCGUCUGGAUAAGACCUACUACACGUUUUCCCUAGCAAGUUCUUCUGAGCCUAGGGUUACGGGUAGACCUGGAGAGACCAAGCUAAGGACAGAACAGAAUAUACGGGGAAAGGAGAGACUAUCCAUGGAAUCUGGAAUUCAGACUAAUGAGGCACAACAACUUUCUUCCCAGAAAUUUCUUUCAAAGGCUUUACCCACAAAUGACAGUUCUAAGAAGUUAUUCCUGCUUGGGGAGCAGCCCUCGAAGCUGGAUAGUGAUGUCUUGGCAGCAAUAGAAGCAGUGGAGAUCGAUCCACAGAAAUACCCGAUUAUUUACAAAUGGAAACACGCGGUGCAGUCGUACUCUUCAUCUGACAGGCAGAGUUGGCCAAGUCCAGCACUCAAGGCAAGAUUCAAGUCCCAAACCAUCACUGCUGGCCCUCCAAAUGCUUCAGCGUAUUCUAAUUCUGGAAGAAACAGCCCCAUAACGGGAAGUCCAGGGAAAUAUGGCAACACUGCCUCAUUCUUUCCAGACCCUGGGAGUCCUGGGCGCUACAGUCCAGCUUAUGUCAACCGGGCUCUGCAAAAACUGCAUUAUUUUUCAGAGCCUCCUGCCCACUAAAAUGGGAUUCGUUGUCCUGGGACUUCAAUUGAUUGUUAAGAGUGGAGGAGAAUAAUAUAAUGUUACUGCAGUGACAUGAGGUUUGUACUUGGCUCUGUAUUUUUCCUCAGUUGAGGACAACUGUAUGUUAAAAAAAAUUGAUGCUAUGUCUUUAUGCCACAUAGGAGCUAGAUUUCUGGUGACCCGCGGGAAGUCAGUGACAGUGCAGUUGUCCCGUAGCUAGGAUUCUCCCCUGUGGCCAGUAAAGCAGUGAGCCAAACCUUUACUUAGAAAUGGUAGUGUUUCACUAUCACCAGUUGUCGUCGUUGUAACGAACCUGUUAACCCUCAGCUGCGUUUCUUUUGCUUGGGUGGUCUGGCGCAAGCACGUAAUCAGUGAACAGCUUAGGAGAGAGAAGUGAUGGCAAGAGGUAAAAUGUUCUUCCAGUUGCAGGGGGAAUGCUCAAAGCGAAAAGCCUAGAGCAGAGCCCAGGUGGUGACAGCUUUCCAGUACCGAGUGUGAAUGGGAAACCCUGUGCCUAAGGAGAAAGUAAGUGUUUAUUGCCAGCAGUUUGGUCGAGACAGCUGAAUAUCCACAGACACUUGCCUGUAUGUGUGUAUGUAUGCACCUGUUACACAGAAAACCUUGAGUCUGCGCUUGUUCUGAGGCUGUUAAAAACAUCUUGUUCUAGUAAAGGGGCACUACAGAAAUGACUGGUUACUUCAAAUGUUAGUUUGGAGGUUUAAAAAAACCUCUAAAAAUGUAGCUGUUUUUUCCCCACAGAAGCUUUUAACGUGAGCAGAUUUAAUAGUUAUCACACAAAAGCACAUCAGCAAUAACUUCAGCAAAUUUACCAGCCACAAACCUUACUGGUCUCAUUUGUAACACAUUAAGAGUGAGAGCCAGCGGCCCAGAAUGUGGCUCCUCAUUUCCCAGCUGUAAAGAGAGAGGAGUAAGAACUACAAAUAUUUUUAUUGUAAUCUAAGCUUUUCCUCUGUCUCUAGUCUUGACGUGGUAGUCAGGUUUGGUAACAGCAGUCAGUAAUUUCUUCCUCGAGCCUUCUGUAAGUGGCGUGUUUCGACAGCACAAUGCCAAGAUUGAAGGAUGCUUUUCAAAACCUGAGACGGUUUUCCCCAUCAAGCUUAACGGUUGUCAUGUUGCUUGAAAGAGGCUUCCUGAAACAGGGUUCUCUCAUGCCGAUCGCUCUCUAGUUAAAAGGAAAAACACAUCUAUCAUUACAGCAUAAAUCCGUUCUGGAAACCGAAAUCUGCCAAGGCCAUGCUGGCAGAAAGGGACGGGCUUGAAUUCUGCAAUGCCACGCAGGAAGUGGAAGCGUGGAACCUCCUUGGCUACCUGUGCCAAGGCUCCGCCUGCCUCCAGGUGUAGGAGCAGCCACACCGUCUCCCCGGGGGGUCACCACUGCAGAGGCUCAGUUUCCAAAUCAGAGCUCGACAGGUGCAGAGCGACUGCUGGUACACAAACAGCACCUUUCCUAGGCUCCUCGUUUGGUGCAAACCUAAAACACUGCACUUAAUGCUUUUCUAAGCUUAAUAGUGCCUUCUGUAUCCUAUUUUUUUAAUUAAUUUUUUUUCUAAAUAGACGUUUUAAAGAAGUGGCAUCCACUUAUUAUGGGCACACAAAAUAGUUUUUCUUCUGGGCUUUCUGAAGGGAACGUGUUUUAAAGUCUCUCUCUAAGUUUAUUUGGUGCAAUAGCUCUCCACUGGGGGAAGAGCAUUCCUGUUUUAGAAUUGUUCUAACUUGUUUAGCUCUUUUGUUCCAGUUCAGCGAUAUCCAGGGAGCUCGUCCCUAACAGGGCUGCUUUACACCAGUGACUGCCAUGCUGGCCUGCCCCAGGGGACUGGCAGGGAGUGGGGGGACUCCUUCUUUAAGAGGAGACAUUUAACCCAAACACAACCUGCUGGGUUACUGAGUUCAUUAACUGACGUUGUCAUAAGAGUUUGUCAGUCCAGUUUUUUGAUGCAGCAGUUGCUGUGGUCUCAACUUUUUUUAGGUCCCAAAUUACUGGUCUUAAAGGGUUUUGGGGAGGGUUGUUUGGGUUUGGUUUUUUUUUUUAAUCAGUUUUGGUUUUUUAAAUAAUUUAAUGUAAACCAUGUUUCUGUCAUUCUGAAGUCGCUCAGCUGGUGAGCGGCUGCCUGAUGCCACAGUAAAGCCACGUUCCUGUUGGCGUCUGUGCCGACAGCUGUUGCUCUCGCCUGAGUCCUUCCUGAGCUGCCAUAUGGCGCCGCUGCCCUUUCACAAAGAGUUUGUUACAGGCCAGGAGACCAACGCAAACACUCUUUGUCCUUUUUUACUUUUAAGCUUUGCUUUCUGUUUUUAAUAUUUAAAUGUAUAUUACCGGUAGGUGCACACCCCUUCCACCACCACCCUUCCUUGCCUUUCACUUUUUGUUUUGGUUUGGUCAAGAGAAUAUUUUGUCUGUUAUCUGAUGUGCAUUAGUCCAGUUGUGCUGCAUCUUAAAUGCGUCAUUUUUCUAACAAUGUAUUUACUUCAGCUAUUAAAAAAAGAAUAGCAAUUUAUGUAGUGAUUUGAUCAUUCACAGUUGUGAAGAAAGCUCCCCACCGGAUGCCUGCAGAGACACACUACAUCCAAUUGAUUUUGCUUGAAUUGUGUUUUCUUGGCCAAAAGUUCACUUUUAAAGGUGCAAAAGAUUAGCUCUUGUUUUCUUUAAUUAGCCCAGC